AUGGCGAGGUGGCUGCCCCGCUCCACCGACCUGGCCCGCUUCUGCCAGAAACUCAACCGGGUGAAGACCUUGGAGGACGACAUGAUGGAGACGUCCUUCAACAGAUGCCUUUCCACCAUGGACUUGACGCUGCUGGGCAUCGGGGGCAUGGUGGGCUCCGGGCUGUACGUCCUCACGGGCACCGUGGCCAAGGAGAUUGCUGGCCCCGCGGUCAUCGUCUCCUUCAUCAUUGCCGGCUUUGCCUCCCUCCUGGCUGCUCUCUGCUAUGCUGAGUUUGGAGCCCGGGUCCCCAAGACAGGCUCUGCCUACAUGUUCACCUACGUGUCCGUGGGUGAGAUCUGGGCCUUCCUCAUCGGCUGGAACGUGCUGCUGGAGUACAUGAUCGGGGGAGCCGCGGUCGCCAGGGCCUGGAGCGGCUACCUGGACUCCAUCUUCAACCACAAGAUAAAGAACUUCACUGAGACCCACGUGGGCACCUGGCAGGUGCCAUUCCUGGCCCGCUACCCCGACUUUCUGGCGGCUGCCAUCCUGCUGGUAGCCACCACCUUCAUCUCCUUUGGGGCCAAAGUGUCCUCCUGGCUCAACCACCUCUUCUCGGCUAUCAGCAUGGGCGUCAUCCUCUUCAUUCUCAUCAUGGGCUUUGUCCUCGCACAGCCCAAGAACUGGAGUGCCCAGAUGGGCGGCUUCGCCCCGUACGGGCUUGCCUUCGUGGGCUUUGACGUCAUCGCGGCCUCCAGUGAAGAGGCCAGGAACCCACAGAAGGCUGUCCCCAGGGCCAUUGCUUUCUCCUUAGGGCUGGCCACCGGGGCCUACAUCUUGGUGUCGGUGGUACUGACGCUGAUGGUGCCCUGGCACACGCUGGACCCCGACUCUGCCCUGGCAGAUGCGUUUUACAGGAGGGGCUACUCCUGGGCAGGGUUCCUG